AUGCGAGUCUCUCAGUUUUUCUUCUUUUGCGUUCUGAAAGCCAACUCCAUAGCCUCUGCGAUCUCAGCCUCAACUUCGAGUUCAUGUCAACAACUACCUGAAGGGCAAGAAUGGCAAUGUUUCGACGGUGUGGCAUGGUACCACGUAGACAGCGACGUCAACAGCAGCACGACCUGCGCCAUUGCCUACAUCAAAGACAACAAGACGACCAAUUUAUCAUUCGAAGAUAUCCAAUAUUCCCCAUUCAAACCCUACUUCUGGCUACCAUUCUACGCGCACGACUCGCAGAACUGCUGGUUCUGGGCAGAAUGCGUAUACGACCGAGCACAAGAAGUGCGGAAACAACAAUUCGAGGCGACGGCACUGGUCAUGGGUCUCAUCCCACUGACGUUGAAGGACGUUGCGUGGCCGAGUCGUCGAAUCGUAUAUCUUGGAGCGAGGCUCGAUGUGCGUCGAGAAAUCAUUGUGCGAGCACUCGGGCUCGAGCCGACGGUCGUGGACCCCGCCAGACACACCGAUAUCGUCAAGUGGUGGAAGACGUUCUUUGUCUUCGACUGGGUUCGCAAGUACCCUUGGAGCAUGAUCGGCUUGUGCUCAGCCAUGAUGCUCCUUACGAUAGCAGCUACGGCAUUGACCGAAAUAUACUCGAAACGAUCGGCUCUUGGUUGUCCGUACCCGAUAUUUGUUGUUACUUUCUAUCUGGUCGCCAUUUUCCCUGCGGCUUUCCACGUCGCUUGCACGAGAUAUCGGCUGAAAUAUCCUGAAAGAUAUAACGUUCGAAAAAACAUUCAGCUUUCGGAAACCACUGGCAGUGGCCCCGCUGGAAAGUUCGUUUCCGCUAUCCAGGGUGAAGAUGAAUGUGUCGCCUUGACGGCCGCCUGCAAGUUUUCGGCUUUCACCAUCUGUAUGUUGUUUCAUGCUCGGGCCGAAUCACAGUUCACCCAGUUACCUUCGGAUGAUUGA